CCCGUAGAGAUGUAUACAGGAGUAGAAGAGAACGGAUUGCUAAAGGAGCUAGCUGGAUCCUCCCGGUUACAGAAGCAAGGCUGAGCGUGGCCAUGUUCUACACGGUAGGCUUUAUUUCGUGAUAAAAGCCAACAGUGGAGUGUAUUCGUCGCCGAAAAGAGUCGGAGAGACGUGUUUUGUUCAGGGGGAGUAACAAAGCCGGUGUGUGAGGAUUGCAAAUCUGAGCCGUACGAGUCACCGUUAGCUGGCCUAGCCGGACUCAGGAGCUUCGUCUCCCAAAACAAGAAUGGGGUCCGAGUCCACUCGGAUUAGCCUGCUACUAAAGUGACCUUUGCUUAUAUUCCCUGAUGGCUAACUUCACGAAUUACCAGGAGGGUAAGGCGGCUAUGUUGAUGGUAGAGCCUCAGCAGAGGGACGUGGGGACGAGUCCUGCGGCCGCCAACACAAACGGAGACGGCUCAGUCGGGGAACCCCCUUCCCCGUUAAUUAAUAUCGGCGGCGGAGGAGGAGGUUCUCGUUUUCACCAACAUUUGCCGCCUCCCAAUCACCUUCACCACCACCAAAACCUCAGCCUCGACUCGCCAAAGGAUCAACAGCAGCACCAUCACUACCAGCUGGCUCCACAGCAGCAUCUUUCCGGGGAAAACAGCACCGAGUCCCCGGGCAGAAAAGCCUCCUCCUCCUCUUCGAUCAGCCAGGUACACACAGCCGAGGACCCCGCCGCUAGCGGCAGCGGCAGCAGCCAUGUAUACGCCGCUGUGACCGUCGCUAACAGCUCGGAAGUCGUGGAUGAUAUUCGAAAGUGCGGCUAUUUGAGAAAGCAGAAACACGGACACAAGCGGUUUUUUGUGCUCCGGGCUGCCAGCCAUCUGGGGCCGAGUCGUCUGGAAUACUACGACAGCGAGAAGAAAUUCAGAAACAGCCUGCGCACCGCUGCCGCGGCCGCCGCUAGCGGAGGAGCGGUGGCCGCUUCGCCUCCGAAGAGGGUUAUUUACCUCUACCAGUGUUUCACGGUGAACAAAAGGGCGGACUCUAAAAACAAACACCUCAUUGCCCUGUACACUAAGGACGAAUAUUUUGCUAUUGUGGCUGAAAACGAGACGGAGCAGGAGGACUGGUAUGUGGCCAUCAGUGAGUUGAUGAGUGAAGGGAAGAGGGGGCACGUGGACUCUGAUGAUUUAGAUGAUGGCUAUGGUACAGUCAGCCCUGGGACUGUGUUUAAGGAGGUUUGGCAGGUUAAUGUUAAACCUAAAGGACUGGGUCAAACUAAAAACCUCACAGGUGUUUACCGGCUAUGCCUGUCUACGAAAACCAUUCACCUCGUUAAACUGAACUCUGAAACCCCCUGCGUUAACCUCCAGCUGAUGAACAUUAGGCGCUGUGGACACUCUGAGAGCUUCUUCUUCAUAGAGGUGGGCCGCUCCUCCUCCAUCGGGCCUGGGGAAAUAUGGAUGCAGGUGGAUGACUCGGUGGUGGCCCAGAACAUGCACGAGACCAUCCUGGAAACGAUGAAAGCCCUGAAAGCUUUUGCAGAAUUCCGGCCGAGGAGCAAAAGCCAGUCUUCAGGCUCCAACCCCAUGUCGUUCAUCACCACGCGACGCCACCUGGGUAACCUCCCUCCAAGUCAGACCGGGUUGCAGCGCCGGUCGAGGACGGAGUCUGUAGUUGGCACGCCACCCUCUAGCAAAAGUUCUGGGGCGAGCGGCUAUCGCUUCCGCACAUCUAGUGAAGGCGAGGGUACGAUGAAUCGGCCGUUUCGCUCUGCCACUGGAAGCCUGGUACACCUCAACGCAGCCCGUGUCCCCCAUGGCCGUCAGGACAGCGGCGGGAGUGGCAGCAGCUGGAGUGGUGUUGCAACAGGAAAUGCUGGCACGAGCACUACCAGCAACCGCUACGUCAGAGCUAUCCCCUCCACCUGUCACGCCCGCUCAGCCUCCCUUCCUGUUUCCCACUUCCCUUCAACCACCAGCCCAGUCAGCGUUUCCUCCAGCAGUGGCCAUGGCUCUGUUUCUGACACGCUCACCCGCCCAUCAAGCGCCUCUAUAUGUGGCUCCCCAUCCGAUGGAGGCUUUAACUCCUCCGAUGAGUAUGGCUCCAGUCCCGGUGACUUCCGGUACUUCCGGGUGAGGAGUAACACGCCGGAUUCUCUGGGCAACACCCCACCAAUCAGAGAGGAAAACUGCCUCAACGAUUACAUGGCCAUGGGCUGGAACCGGGACGUUUUCGGCACCAGUAUGGGCUCUGGUAACAACAGUGGAUGUGAGACACCACGCGAUGAGAGUACCUCAACGACUGAGGAUGAGCGCUUUUCUUCCUCAUCACUGAGGAGGAGGACGCACUCCUUCUCCAGAGCAGCUGCCGGUGUGACCGGAGCCUCUGGAGUAGCCACUUAUCAGAAAAUGACCCAGACGAACCUCUCGCUGGAUGAGGGGUCAGACUUGGUGCUGCCGUUUGGGAGCGGGCUGCUCCGUGGUGGGCCGUCCUCUUCCUCUUCCUCACUUCGCUCCGACUACAGCUCAUGCUCCGAACACAGUCAGCAGAGCCGUCCCUCAACACUCUCCAGGUCGGAGGCUGGAGCUGAACGCCCCCCUCUUUCUUCCUGCUCUUCUGCCAAGGAAGACAGCGGCUACAUGCCCAUGAUGUGUGGCGUGGCAGCGGCGUCGCCGCGGGACACUCCUCCUGACUACAUGCCUAUGCAACCCUCUUCUUACUCCUACCAGGUCUCCCACUCACCCCAGUUCCACAGCCCAGCUUUAGGCACACGCUCAGCCCACCAUCACCCACAAUCUUCCACGGACUCUCACGGCUACAUGAUGAUGCUCCCGGGGAGCAGUGGCACCUCUCCUUCUCCUCUCCAGGUCUCUCCCGGUGGUCCCGGCGCUGCUGGUGUUGGUGGAAGUAACAGCAUGGCUGAGAAACCUGAAAACGGAGAAUAUAUGGACAUGUCCUACAGCGGCUGUGGUCGCAAGCUCCCAGGUGAAGACAGCAGUGUGUAUUACACACCAGGAACACCCGAGGGGCCCCUAAAGUCUUACAGUCCUUACUUCUCUCUCCCCCGCUCUUAUAAGGCCCCCAACAGGGAGAGGGAAGAGAGAGAGGAUGGGGAAUACGUACCCAUGAGUACCCCUGCCAAACCAGUGUAUUCGUCUGUUGCGACUGCUUCAAUGUUGGUGCCAGAAAAAAGAAUAGGAGGGGGCAGCAACAUGUCAACUCCCUCCCACCCACCUCCUCCCUAUGGAGCUCACCAUACAACUGCGGCAAUGGCUGACCGACGGGUCAUGAGGCCUACCCGCCUUCCUUUAGGCAGGAGGAGUUUCCAUGGCCCGCUGCGGGUCGGCGAGCCCACCACAGAGACCUCGUGUGCUACAAGGUCUGUCCCAGUCACCAGCGUCCCACGCGAAGGGCCCUCAAGUCCCGGAGAGUAUAUCAAUAUUGAGUUCGGUGAACACUUCCCUCACCAACAGCAGCCCCCUCCCUAUCCCUUGUCCACUCAAGAUGAAGCCCCCUCCCUGGUAUCCAGCGACGCUCGCUGCUCUCCCCCCCAAGAUUACAUGAGUGUGGAGGUCGGAUCGGACCAGCAUGAUGCCACUGGGUGUCUGGGUAAGAACCAGUCACCCAGGCCCAGCCUCGUUGCUCCUUGGAACCCGCCCAGCUACAUCCGACCUCUGGUUAACAGCUCUGGGGUCGCCGGUUCAGGCGGUCACUGGAGGUCGGUAGGAGACGAUUAUACGGACAUGUCAUUCAACCUCAGCAGAGGUGAGAGGACUCAAAGCCCCACAGCGAUGCUGCAGCAUCUUUGCGUCAUAGAGGGACGCUAUGGUCACCCUGUCUCCACCACCUCCUCGUCGACCAUUUCCCCACCUCACCCUCCUUCGACCCAACAGCCGGAGCCCAAGGUGGUGCGAGCGGACCCCCAAGGCAGAAGGAGACACAGCUCAGAGACGUUUUCCUCUAGCUCAUCCUCCAAUUCAACGCCUUCGUCUUCAGCCACCCAUCCUUCUCUGUCCAACGCCUCGGCCCCGAGCGCCAAUGGAUCCUACCAAACGGAGGGACAGACCUCCAGGUGGGCCAGCUCAGCAUCUUUCGACAGCGUGUGGAUGUCCUUGGAGGGCGCAGGAGACUCGCCAGCUCACCAGGCCCAGGUGAGAAACGCAGAAACCGACGCCAUGUCCGGGAACAUCCCAACGUCCGCCUCCUCGGGGGUUGGCGCCAGCAGAAUGUGCAGGAACACGUCCGUCGGCUACCAGAACGGCCUCAACUACAUCGCCUUGGAGCUGAGGGAAGACGGGAGCAACGCAGGAGUGCCAGGGGCCAGUAGCAGUGGCGGCGGGAAUGCAUCAGUGGCGCCACCAGGGUUGGUACCUCUGCCAGAGAAUGGAGCCUACGCCAGCAUAGACUUCUCCAAAUCGGAUGGAGUCACCACAGCAACCAAGGACUGAGCGGCAGAGGUCCACCAUGUGCCUCCUCCUUCUCUUCCUCCUGCUCCUCGUCAUCUCUUAUCUCGGGGCACUUGACUCUGCCUUUGACCUUUAGCCCCUCCCCACACCCUGCGCCCCCCCACCCUCCUUCCUCCAACAGUGACCUUCGACCUUCAGUCACACUGAGAAGCUGCUUUCAUCUGGUCGCAGACGACAUUUUCAACAUGACAAACCAGAAAAAAAACGCUUGCGGGUUGUUCCUUUUUUUAAUUAUUAUUAUUAUUAUUAUUAUUAUUAUUUUUUAAGUUUUUCAUGAUUGAUGUUUUUAUGUUUUAUAUGCAUAUCCUGUCCUGUUAAUCGUCCCCUUAAACGAUUGAUGCUGCCAGUGUUUGCUGCUCUUCCCACCCACCCCCUCCUGUUAGUUCAACACUACUAUCCAGCUCGCAGCGGUCAGUGAACUUUAACCCAGGGGUGUAUGACACAAGCACAGGCAGUUUUUUUUUUUAUCCUUUUUUCUCUAUGCGGUGGUAUUAUUAUUAUUAUUCUUAUUAUUAUUAUUAUUAGUUUUUUUUAAAAAAAAGGGAAAUUUAGAGUCAAAAGCGCCGGCAUUAUGGUACAAACGUGGAAGCUUGAAAUAUUCUGCCCUCAUUUACCAUCACAUUUUUUGUACCCUAUUGAUAAUCCAGCCUCAAUUUUAUUUAAUUUAACUUUCUUUUUUUGUAGAAGACCUUUCUAGAUAUAUUCACAUAUAUAUAUUUUUUAACAUUUUUUUUGUUUCAAUUUGUUUAGUACAAAGCUUGUGGCUGGGUCCAUUUUAGCUUCACACACACACACACACACACGGAGAGCACGCUAGUUCCCAGGUACAACGCGGCUCCCGAAUCUGCUGCAAUACCAGUAUCUGUGUGUUACUACGGUAGGAAAACGUACAGCGAUACAAUAUUUAUUUCACUGACUGCACAUCUAUUUAUUUGGUACAACAGGUACAGAUGUCCCGGUACAUUUCAUAGUUUGCUUCCUAGACUAAAGGUACUCAGCAGAGAGGGAAAAUAUUGUGGAAAAAUCCACGCCAGCAGCUAAUUUUCUUUCAUACCCAGCAAUAUUUCUUAUGUAAAAAUUAGGUUGUAUACUUUUUGGAGUAUUAAAACCAAAGCCAAAUAGAUUGCAACAAAGAGUUUGAGCAGUAUGUCCACCAUGGAGUUUAAUAUUCAUUUUCCAGAGGCAGAAUCUUAUUAUUUAUUUUAUUUUUCUUCAUAAACGUUUUAUACUUUCAUUAUAAAUUAGCACGAUGGUCAAUUCUACUAAAGCUUAAUAGUAUAUUGAAUGAGUAUUCUGUAAGGAAGUGGAAGUUGGAGACUGUGCGCCACCAAAAGUCUUCCUGUGUGAAACACAUUUCUAAACUCAAACACAUCAGGGGAACCACAACAUAUAAAAGUAAAGGAGUACAAAAAGGAAAACUGCAAAUAACAUUAUUUUCAGAAUUGGAGUGAUUAAUGUUUUUGCUCAGACUGAAAAGACGUACGCUGCGUGUUUUUGUGAGGAAGAAGAUUGGUGGCGCACAACCUCCAAACUCCAUCUUUUCUGCAAUUGUACUUCUAAACGAUGAUUGUGUUCAUUUACAUUUGAAAAUGGCUGCCUUUGUUUACGCUUUCAAACAGCCAACAGUAUAGAAGUUUUUUUUCGUUUGCAGAUGUAGUCAGUAUGUUAAUAAUACCGUGACCGAUUACCACUUACACAGUUGAGAUAAAAUUAUUCAAACGCCACAUAGAUUUUAUUUGGAAUUAUUUUUCCUGAAAGUGAAACUUUGCGUGAAAAUAGUUUCAAUCCGUUUGUGUUUACUUGCUACAAUUCCUCACCAAUAUUUUUGCUAGUUUCCACCAGUAUUUAGACAACUUAUCCAUGGCUUUUAAUUGCACAAGAAAUUGAAGUAGGAGGUUGUGCACCACCAAAAUGCUUCCUGUGUGAAACAUAUUCUUAGAUUGAAACAUGUCAGAGUAACUACAACAUAUAAAAGUAAAGGUUGACUCUAGUUCAUCCACUCCAACACAUUAAUAUUACUUCCAGUCAAUGUAUAUUUUAUUUUAUUUUUUUAAUUUUAAGAUUACUUUAGACCCAAAUCUGCCAGGGGUAUUAAUGAUAUCUAAACUAACGUUGUUAUUUUCUGCUCCCCCUCCCCUAAAAAAAAGAAAACUUUUCAGAGUGGAAAUUGUUAAAAAACCCGCUUGGAAAUGGAGAUGACUGAAAACGUCAGGACAGUUCCACUCUGCACAUGCUAGUUCUGGCUUCCCAUGCUGGAAACCUCAACAGUGUCUCACUUUGUAAACUUCAAAAUAUAAACGAUGGAGUGGAAACAAAACGGGAACAAGUGUCAUUGAAAACAGAAGCUUUACAUUUUUUUGAGAGGACUUGAAUUUAAAUUUGUGUAAAACAAAAAGUGUAGCGUAGCUUGACAUGUUUUAAGAACCAUUAUGUUUUCCAAUCUAGAGCAUCAGUGUGAAAACAAAAAAAUUGACCUCUUUGCUUGGGAAAAUAAUAAUUUUUUCAGAAUUUGCUGGUGGAUACGUAUUAUUUCCCCUCUCUGCUGCUUGUUGGUUUAUGUCAGUUUUCUGCACAGAGCACUGUUGUUUAUACUGAAGUAGAAACAUGUUUGAGGCUCCUUUUUUUUUUUUUUUUUUCCUGUGUUGCUUUCACUUUUACCUCACGUGCGGUCCUUACAGUUCAUGCUAGAGCGUGGUGAACGGCGAGUACAGGCGUCAAACGCCGCACGAAUGACGCACCGCGCCGCGCUCUGACGAGGGGCGACUCCUUCUCACAGGCUCUUGAUUUCGGUCGGUCAGGAUUUUUCACACACACAUGUUCGUCAGAGGCUGGAAAUGACGUCAGGAGACGGUUGCAGUAACCCGAGCAGCCGGCCCAGGUGCAGCAGCCGGGACACACCGGACACUGCCUCCUCUCGCAUACCGCCGCUACGCCAGCGUUUACUGUUUCUGCCCAUGCUUCCUAUCUUUUAGAGACGCUUAUUGUUCACUGGGUUUACUAAGUUUUAUUUGCCUCCUUUUUCUUUUUUUUUUUUUUAAAAAAGUCUUUAAUUUUGCACGCACAGCAUCGUCAGCAGGAUGGGUACCGUAUCAAAAUGAGGGGCUAACCCUCAUCCCGACUGAACUGCCUCCUCCUUUUUAAAGUUCCAGUGUCGACAAAAUUUAGAAGGACACGGCUAAGAGGGAAAUUUGUCAUGUUGAGAAGGUUACAGAUUCCCCCCCCAUGUAUUUUGAGGUAAAGGGGAUAUAAAAACUGUAGAAUAACCUCCACAAAAUGCUGUUUUUAAACCUGUGACGUGUCUUACGUGUAUAUUACCGAACAAUUCGAGGUCGUUCUGUUUCAUUCGCCCUCCUUUUACCGCCUUUGAUCGAACAAAGAUUUAAUCCCACAUCGGCCGCUGCGGUUUUUCUUUUUCUUUUUUUGCUUUUUUUUUGUGUGUGUGUGUGUGUGUACUUACUAUGCUACAGCGACGUGUUACGCUUGGGUUUUAAUGCUAUGGCAGGAAAAAAAAACUGGUAGCUUUAGUUUUAUGGGGAUUUGUGGACUAAUCCCUCUUAAUUUAUUCAGAAAUGUCCAUGUUGGAUUUCUUUCAUGUUCAAUUUCUACACCCCGUCGUUUCAAAAUUUCUCUCACCUCUUCCGAUUUACAGAAAAGUUUGGGUUAAUUUUUUGGUUUUUGGGGGUUUUUUUCGGCAACAAUGCGACCUCAGAUGUGUCCUCGACGUUUUUAAAUGGGUACGAAAAUGAGGAGACUCGUAUAUCCUUGCAGAAAUGACAUAAGGUAAUGCAUUAUCAAUAUUAUUAUUAUUAUUAUGCAAACUAGUUUUGAUUUUUCUCAAAUCUUUUGAUUUCUUUCAUAUUUCUAGUUUACAGAGCGUAAGUAAGAGUAUCUUAUUUUUUGAAAAAGCAGAACAAUAAAAUGUUUUUUGUUGUUUUUUUUUUAAUUACGUAGGCAUUUUGAAGUUAUUUGUAUUAAAAACAACCUGCCGAAUUAUUUUCUUUGUAACUAUAAUCCAGUUUAUUUGCUGCUGUGUAGUACAGUUACUAGUCGGAGGUAAACAUGAGGAUCAAGAUUAUUAUUAUUAUCAUUAUCAUCAUUUUUGUUUGUUUUUCUUCCUCACCCACCUCUGAAUGCUUUUGAUUUUUGGAAUGAGGUUCGGUGGAAGCCGAGGAGGAAGAAGCGACUCCCGCUCUGCCCUGCUGCUUGUGUUCUUAUUUUUCCGAGUUGAAUGCUGUUGUUUAUUAGCUUUACGGGAAAGAGAGAGGAGGUGUGUAUCCUUCGUAUGUGCAUUACUUUUCAGCGACGUACGUCCCGUGUAAGAGGAAGAAAAAAAGAAGAGGGAUCUGUGUUGGAAAUGGAAAUCCUCCUUGUGUAAAUAAAGAAAGUUGUUGCUUUUUUUUUCAUGUUUUGAUCGGCGCCUCAGCAGGUGACCCAUCACAUGUUUUUUUUUUUUUUAAUUAUUAUUAUUAUUAUUCCUUUUUGUUUUUCCCCCCGUCUUUCUUUCUCCCUUUUUGUUUCCUCGUGGAGGGAAAGGGGGCACGAGGGGCACUCGAACGCGAUUUGAGCAUCGGCAUAGUGUUUAUAUUUAUCAAAAGUUUUUUGCUUUCGAUAGAGCUAUUGCAAUAAAAAUGUG